CUCUCUUUUCCUUCGUGCCCGUGGGAUUUUGGAAGCAGCCGCCUCGGGGCCGGGCGCUGUGCCCGCUUUCUCUUCCUCUUUCCGUUGGAUUUGAGAAAGUUUCAGUGUUAUUGAGGGGGGAAAAAGAAAGCGUUUUGAAGACAAAAAGAAUCACCCGAGUGCAGCCAGCUGUGCAAACACAGGGCCGUGGGUCCAACAUGAAGGAAAAACGAAGUUCUGCCAAGAGUUAAACUUUAACCCUGCCCAUUUAAUCCAUAUUUUAUGUGUAUUUCAUGCACUGAGCCACGAUGGGUUUUGCUGAGGACAAAGUGUACAACCACAUCCUGAAGAACAUGAGCAGGUUCUGUGACAUCCACGUGGCGUCGCUGGUCGAUUCCCUGAGCUGCCUCACCGAUGCUGACAGGGAUGAGCUUCACACCCGGCAGGAGAUGCGGGGGAUCCGUGCCACUGUGUACAAAUUUUACCAGCACCUGAAGUGCCGAAAGGGCUGGGUGAUGGACCUGAUCAAUGCACUGCACCAGAACAAUGCGGGGCACCUGGCUGAGGAGCUGCAGCAGGUUUAUGACCUCUACCAAGCCCCUCCUCCAGGUGCCUUGGCUCCUCCAAGUGCUUCAGCUUCUGCUGCCUGGCCUGCUGUUUCCUCCGACGGUGCCCUGAAGCCAUUCUCAGGGCCAAGCUCUGCUGCAGAAGCCCCAAAGGCUGAGCCACCACGCUCCAACCCAUCUGCUGGUGGCCAUCCACCUCUCUCACCUGCUGCUGCCACCACUGCGACCUCAGCUGUGAGCUCAGAUGUUUCCAGCACAGAACUGGAUGCCAGGGCACCGGUGCAGGAAUCGCACCCAGAAAGAAAGAGUCCCCAGCCUCCGCUGAUGACGAACACGGUCUGUGAUGGCAAAGAGAAACCUGUCCCAUACCCCACCAAAGAGCUUCAAGAGGCAGUGGAGACCCCUGGGGCAUCCAGCACAGUUUUACCAUCUGUGUCCCCUGAGCAGGGCCAGGAGUGGCUGAGCCACCGGCAUCCGGUGUGUGUGGACAACGGGUGUUUUGGGAACGCAAACCACCUCCAACGUGGCGUGCCAAACUUGGAUCUGGGCUCUCUUCCACCAAAGGAUUUGAGUGCUGCUUCUGGCCCUGAGCAAACCAGGAACGAGCCCCAAGAAGACGUCUACAUCUCCAGUGAGUUGCCUGUGAGGUUGGUGGAGACCGCUGGCGGUGGGGGACUGCAGCCCCCAGCCUCUCUGAGGACACAGGAGCAACGAGCUGUGCACAGUUCCAAGCACGAUGGGCCCCCGAGCAGCUUUGUGGAUAUGCGCAACCCCUUGCUUAUACAACAGCAGUUUGAUGUAGAGCAGAAGCAGAUUGAGAGAGAGCGUGAAGGAGGUGGAGAUGUUUGGAAGGAAACAGCCACCUCAGUCUCAACCUCUGCACCCAGAGAUAUUUCCCCAUUCUGUGACACCUCCUUGAAGCCUCCUGUACGAGAGAGAACGCUGCCUGGGGAGGAAGCAGCCAGCAGCACCCCCUCCAUGCCACAGAAGGAGCAAGUGAUCUCUGCCUCAGUGGCCUCCCUCUCAGCUAUGAACGCUGCAGGAAGCUUUGAAGGCGCAGCUGGGAAGACCCCCUCACGAGUGAGCUCUGCUACCAGCAUCUGGGCAUCUCAUGAUAAUGAGGAGGAAGACGUGGAGCUCAGCAAGCCAGGUGCCCUCCAGUCUGUAGUAGGAGAGAGCCCAAAAAAGGCAGCUGCCAGAUACCUGGGCAGCCCCAGUUCCAACACGUCCAGUCACCUUGGCUUGAGCAGCGACCCGCUCAUGGUGAGCGCAGACAGCUUGAGGCCUGGAGAAGCACAGUCCAGAGCCAACUCAGGGCGCUGGUCUGCAACUCCAGCAGUUCAUGCAGACCCUGGGGGAGAAAAGGCAGCUGGAGAGAGCCCUUAUCCACCUCUGAGCUGGGCCAGCCCUUCUGUGGGCACCCACGAGGUCCAUGUGGAACAUCACCUCAGUGCCCUGCUGGAAGCAGGCAAUGAUGUCCGAGAUGGAGCAGUCCCCUCUGAAGGCUCUCCUGACUCAAACAAGGGAAGUAAUGCUGCAACCAACUCAUCUCAGGUCAAAGUCCCCACAUCAGGGGACAGCAAUGGGCCGUCCCUGCUGUACAUCCUCCCAGCUGUUGGCAUUGCACUGAUCUCAGUGUUUCUGGUGUACACACGAUUGCAGAAAUAGCAGCAGAGAGAAGAUGAGAUGCCACAGCUACCAAAGGGAGAUUCCUCUUCGUAGAAGGAAGUUGGCCAGCAUGUUUGAAGCCCGAAGAACAGUUAGAGGGACUGUAGGGGCUUUGUUAAAUCUCUUCCCAGAAAGUUUCCUGGAAGAUGCCUUGGUUGUGUGAUGCUGUUGGGUUUUGGUCUGAUUCCCAACCACCUUCCUGUCUGUGCUGCCUUCUUUUUCACCCACAGUGAGGGUGUCUCUCAGGAGGUGAUCCCUCGAGGCCAAAAUCAGAGCCUUCCUGGCCAUUCUCAUCUUCACAUUUGGUUCUGGAUGGCCCCUCUCCUGCCAAGAAAUGUUCCUGUGAUGAGGAUGUGCCAGGCUGGACUGUGUGCAAGCUGUCCCCUCUCCCAGGAGCCCUCAUCCUGCUACAGUGCUUUCCUUUGGAGUAUCGUGCCCUGCACCUGUGGGUCAGAAAUGGCACAGGAUCCAGGACUUCGACACACAGCACUGACACCCCUGGGGAUGGAGCAGUGGAGCCAGAAGGAGUUGUGUAUACCCUUGUGCAGCUUUCUCAUGGAUCAAUCUCACUUCUCCUUUCUGCCAGACAGGGGGAGAAAGGAUUUAAGCAUAUGCUUUCAGAAGACAAUUUCAUGCAAUACCAGCAUGAGCCAGACUUGCUCUCACCUAGGAUUGCUGUGUGCCUUUUGAUCUACAGGCUGUAUUUAGUGAGCCUGGCUAGGAGGGUGGAUGUAAUUCUCACAUUUCCCAGUACCUGGUGCAAUGAGAUAGAAACUUAUGUCGAGGUUGGGACAUAAAUAGGGUCAGCUCUUUGUGAUGCAGGGAGGCCAUACAUCAGUGCUAGCUGGUGGUCCACAUGUUCUGAGUUAUCUUGAGGAUUCUGUUUAAAAUUUCAGUCCAUCAUUUCCCAACUGCUCCCAGGGAUCACCUUGAGAGUUUGAGGGGAUUGGGCCGCAACACUUACAGAUAAGAGAAAAU